AUGACGACUCUACUCAAUCAAUUAAAAUCAGCAUUACUAAUUGAAGCUACUUGGUGGAAAUCAACUUUGGGGUCAAAAUUAUUAAAAAAAUACGUGGAAAAAUUACAUGUACUAUCUGAUUACAUCAAGGACAACAUAAAACAACUGGGACGAGAAAUAAAAGAUCUUGAAGACGUCAGGAUUUCUAUGUUAUGUUUAGAAAAAAUUAGAGAAAAUUUUAUUACCAUAGAUAGAGAAUUGAUGUUCAUUGAAAAAAUUUAUGCUUUGAUUUUAAAGUUUGAAAUAGAAAUAUCAAUUGAAGAUCAAGAAAUUAUAGAAAGUACAAGAUAUAAUUUCAUGAUUAUGAUAAAAACUGCAAAAGAGGUCCACACUACAAUAUGUAAUAUGCAAGAGCCAUUAAAACAAGAACUUGUUCAAGGAAUAAAUGAUUUUAAAAUAGAAAUAUCAGAGUUUGACAAAAAUUUUAGUGCAAAGGGACCUAUGAUUGAAGGAAUUUCGGCGAAGGAAGCAAGUGAAAGAGUUCUGUUAUUCCAAUUAUGGUUUGAUACUUUGUGGGAGAAACUGGAAACUUAUAGUAGUGGCGAACAAUUAUUUGGACUUACGAGUACUGAAUACCCAAUUCUAUUCAACAGAAAAAGAGAACUGAAUUUAUUACAAAAACUGUAUUCGUUAUAUCUACAAGUAAUGCGUUCUAUCGACAGUUAUUAUGAAAUACCUUGGGCGCAAAUUGAUAUCGAUGUUAUCAGUACAGAACUAGCCAACUUUCAAAACAAAUGUAGAAGAUUACCUAAAGGACUUCGAGGUUGGCCUGCAUAUAUUGAAUUAAAAAAGAAAAUUGACGAUUUUAAUGAAACUUGCCUUAUUUUGGAAUUAAUGGCAAAUAAAGCUGUUAAAGAUCGCCAUUGGUUGAGAAUUUCAGAAUUAUGUAACUACCAAUUCAACGUUAAUUCAGAAAAUUUUAAUUUAUCAAGUGUUAUGGCAGCUCCGAUAUUACAAUUCAAAGAUGAAGUUGAGGAUAUAUGCAUAAGUGCUAUCAAAGAGAAGGAUAUUGAAAGCAAGCUUAAAUUAGUAAUAUCUGAUUGGUCUCUCGUGGAUUUACAAUUUGCUAACUUUAAACUUAGAGGCGAAUUGUUACUAAGAGGUAACGAAACUCAAGAAAUAAUUGCGAAAUUAGAAGAUGCCUUAAUGAUACUGAGCUCAUUAGCGACUAACAGAUAUAAUGCACCAUUCAAAAAAGAAAUCCAACUCUGGCAAAGUAAAUUAAAUAUUACGUCUGAAGUACUCGUAAAAUGGUUAAAUGUACAGAAUUUGUGGGUCUACUUAGAAGCAGUAUUUGUUGGUGGUGAUAUUGCGAAACAGUUACCAGUCGAAGCCAAACGUUUUAAUGUUAUAGAUAAAUCAUGGGUGAAACUCAUGUAUCGAGCUAGAGAAAAAGUUAAUGCUGUAGAAACAUGCAGUGGGGAUGAGACUAUGGCUAAAUUUUUGCCACAUUUAUUGGAACAACUUGAAUUAUGCCAGAAGUCCUUGAGUGGCUACCUUGAAAUUAAACGGAAAUUAUUUCCAAGAUUUUGUUUUAUAUCUGAUCCUACUCUAUUGGAAAUAUUAGGACAAGCUGCAGACACGCAUACUAUUGUAAAUUACUUGGAAGGAUUUUUCGAUAAUGUCGCAAAGUUGGAUUUUUCAGAAAAAGAAUAUGACAAAAUUUUAGCCAUGUAUUCUCGUGAAAAAGAGAAAAUUAUUUUAGAAAAGCCCGUUGACUGUCAUGGUGGUGUGGAAAUUUGGCUUAAUUUAUUGCUACAAAUGCACUGUCAGUCAGUUGGAGCAUACAUAUCAAAUGGUUUACAGAAACUGGCAAACCCGGAGACUGAUUAUUUAGAGCUCAUUAAUUCUUCCAUUUUACAAGUUGCUUUAAUAGCUAUACAGAUUUUAUGGACACAACAAUCAGAAAUAGCGUUUUUAGCCGCAAAAAAAGAUAAAUUUAUAAUGAAGAAAACCAAUCAGUGGUUUCUCGAUUUUCUAAACAGACUUAUAGAAGUAACUAUUAAAAACUUGACCAGCUACGAAAGGUUGAAGUACGAAACAUUAAUUACGAUUCAUAUUCAUCAAAGAGAUAUUUUUGAUGACCUUUGCAAAAUGCGAGUAAAAAACGUAACAGAUUUUGAAUGGUUGAAACAAGCUCGUUUCUAUUACGAUAAUGAAAUCGAAAAUGUUGUUAUUAAAAUUACUGACAUCGAUUUUAUUUACCAAAAUGAAUUUUUAGGAUGUACAGACCGACUUGUUGUAACACCUUUAACAGAUAGAUGUUAUAUUACAUUAUCACAAGCAAUUGGAAUGAACUUUGGUGGGGCACCCGUUGGUCCAGCUGGAACGGGUAAAACGGAAACUACCAAAGAUAUGGGAAAAGCGUUAGGGAAAUAUGUUGUUGUAUUUAAUUGUUCAGAUCAAAUGGAUUUUCGAGGAUUAGGAAGAAUUUUCAAAGGACUUGUACAAUCUGGAACAUGGGGAUGUUUUGAUGAAUUUAAUCGAAUAGAUUUACCAGUAUUAUCAGUUGCUGCUCAACAAAUAACAAUUGUGCUAACUGCAAGAAAAGAGAAAAAAAAUCAGUUUUUAUUCAGCGAUGGUGAAAUUUAUUCUAUUGAUUAUGAGUUUGGUCUUUUUAUAACAAUGAACCCUGGAUAUGCUGGUCGCCAAGAACUACCAGAAAAUUUAAAAAUAAUGUUCCGAUGUGUUGCUAUGAUGGUUCCUGAUAGACAAAUUAUCAUGCGAGUGAAAUUGGCUGCUUGUGGAUUUAAAGAUAAUAUUAUUUUAUCGAGAAAAUUUUUUACCUUAUACAAGCUUUGUGAAGAGCAAUUGAGUAAACAAGUCCAUUAUGAUUUUGGGCUGAGAAAUAUAUUAUCUUGCUUAAGAACUCUUGGGGUGCAAAAACGAGCUCAUCCAAAUGAAACAGAAGAAAUCACACUUAUGAGGGUUUUAAGAGAUAUGAAUUUGUCAAAAUUAGUAGACGAAGAUGAACCACUUUUUUUAUCGUUAAUAGAAGAUAUGUUUCCUGGAAUAAAAUUACAGUCUCAAACUUAUAAGGACAUGCAGAAAGCGAUACUUAAUGCAGUCAAUAGUCAGGGGAUAGUAAAUCAUCCUGAUUGGAAUUUGAAAACCAUUCAAUUAUAUGAAACGUCAUUAGUUCGUCAUGGAAUUAUGAUAUUGGGACCAACUGGUUCUGGAAAAUCUCAAUCAAUGUGGACUUUAAUGAAAUCAUUAACAGAACUGGGAACUCCACAUAAAGAAGUUCGCAUGAAUCCGAAGGCCAUUACAGCUUCACAAAUGUUUGGUAAAUUAGACGUAGUAACUAAUGAUUGGACUGAUGGCAUAUUUUCUACAAUCUGGCGAAAAUCCUUGCAAAUAAAAAAAAGUGAAUGCCUGUGGAUUGUUUUGGAUGGUCCUGUCGAUGCUAUUUGGAUAGAAAAUCUAAAUUCUGUUCUAGAUGAUAAUAAAACUUUAACAUUAGCUAAUGGUGAUCGGAUGAUAAUGGCUCCGAACGUCAAAUUGAUUUUUGAAUGUGACAAUGUUGACAAUGCCUCUCCAGCAACAGUUUCUCGAAUGGGAAUGGUGUUUUUUAGUACAUCAGUCUUAAAAUGGCAACCAAUUUUUGAGAGUUGGUACAAAACGCGGCCAGCGCAUCAAGCUCAAAUAUUUAGAGAAUGUUUUGAUAAAUUAUUUGAAGAUUCAUAUGAAUUUUUGCGAACUAAGUUAAUUACCAAGAUGAAACUGUUAGAAUCGAUGUAUAUUAAACAGUGCCUUAACUUACUGGAAGGAUUACUAAAAAAUCACCAAUCUAAUGAUGUGCUUGGAUAUCGUCUCAUUGAAAAGUACUUUCUUUUUUCUUUGAUGUGGAGUAUAGGAGCUGUACUUGAACUGGACCAACGAUUAGUUUUACAACAUUUUUUUAUGCACCACCCAUCUAAUUAUUCUUGGCCAAAAUGUCAGAAUGAAGAAACAAUAUUUGAAUACUUUGUAUCGGAAACGGGAGAGUGGGUGCAUUGGAGAAAAAAAGUUCCAGAUUUCAACUAUCCAAAAGACUCAAUUUUGGAUUAUUACAAAAUUUUAGUUCCAAACAUUGAUAAUACCAGAACUUUAUAUCUUAUUAGUCUGAUUGAUACUCAAAACAAAGCAACACUUUUAAUUGGUGAACAAGGCACUGGUAAAACCGUCAUGUUGAAAAGUUAUAUGUUACAAAAUGAUCCUGAAUAUCAUUUAAAUAAAUCGUUUAAUUUUUCUUCGGCUACAACUCCUAAUAUGGUUCAGCGAGUAUUUGAAAGUUACGUUGAAAAAAGAGUUGGAAACAUCUAUGGACCACCUAAUGGAAAAAAAUUAAGCAUUUUCGUUGAUGACAUAAAUAUGCCUAUUAUAAAUGAGUGGGGUGACCAAGUGACAAAUGAGAUUAUAAGGCAAAUGAUGGAAUACAAAGGAUUUUAUUCAUUAGAUAAACCAGGAGAUUUUCUAUUUCUCGAAGAUAUAACACUUCUUGCUGCUAUGAUUCAUCCAGGAGGUGGUAGAAAUGAUAUUCCACCUCGAUUAAAGAGACAGUUUAAUAUUUUUAAUUGUACUCUACCAUCGAAUAAUUCAAUGGAUACAAUUUUCGGUUCUAUUGGUCAAGGAUAUUUUUGUCAAGAAAGAUUUUCUUUGCUUAUAGUUGAAUUCAUUCCACGAUUGAUACCAUUGACUAGAGAGAUAUGGCAAAAAACUAAAAUGAAAAUGCUACCAACUCCAGCAAAGUUUCACUAUAUAUUCAAUUUAAGAGAUUUGUCACGUAUCUGGGAAGGAAUUUUACGUAUCAAAAAUCCAGAAUGUCCAUCCAUUGAAACCAUAAUAAAACUUUGGGCACACGAGUGCAAUAGAGUCAUAGCUGAUAGAUUUAUUACUGGUAGUGACAAAGAAUGGUUUAAAAAUAUGUUGCUACAAACGGCAAAAACUUUUCUGGGUGUUGAAUUCAGUAAUUGUAUUAAAACAGAAUCUUAUUUUAUAAAUUUCAUGAGAGAUCCACCUGAACCAACUGGCGAUGAACCAGAAGAUUUUGUAUUUGAAGCCCCGAAAGUUUAUGAAGAAGUAACAAAUGUUAACAUCGUGAUCGCAAGAGUUGAAUCAUUUAUUAAUCAAUUCAAUGAAUUUAUUCGUGGCAUAACCUUAAAUUUGGUUCUCUUUAAUGAUGCUCUUGUUCAUUUAUGGAAAAUUUCAAGAAUUCUUGGUGCUGCUCGUGGAAAUGCAAUGUUGGUCGGAAUUGGAGGUUCAGGAAAACAAUCACUAACUCGACUGGCUUCAUUUAUGGCUGGGUUUAGUUUUUUUCAAAUAAUUUUAACAAGAAAUUACAAUAUUCAAAAUCUAAUGGAAGAUUUACGUUAUCUUUAUCGAUUAGCUGGAGCUACCGGUAAAGGAGUUACUUUUAUUUUAACGGAUAAUGAUAUUCGAAAUGAAGAAUUUUUAGAGUCUAUUAAUAAUAUUUUAAGUGUUGGAGAAAUAGCAAAUUUAUAUCCAAAAGAUGAAUUAGAUGAUAUAUUAAAUUUGAUGAUACCUAUAAUGAAAAAAGAAGAUCCUAAUCUAUUGCCUACUAAAGAUAAUCUCUACGAUUAUUUUAUUACCAAAGCUAGAAACAAUUUACAUAUUGCUCUUUGUUUUUCACCGGUUGGUGAAAAUUUUCGCUCUCGAACUCUAAAAUUCCCUGGAGUAAUAUCUGGAUGCACAGUCGACUGGUUUUCCCCAUGGCCUAAAGAUGCAUUGAGAGCAGUUAGUUUUCAUUUUUUGAAUGACUAUAAAGUGAUGUGUUCAACUGACGUUAAAAACCAAUUAAUUGAAGUAAUGGGGGAAGUUCAAAUUCAAGUCAAUGAUACAUGUAUAGAGUAUUAUAAUAAAUUUCAUCGAAGAUCCUACGUAACUGCUAAAUCCUUUUUAUGCUUCGUUGAAGCGUAUAAAUUGAUGUACAAACGUAACCUUGAAAACAUUAAUGCAUCAGCAUCAGGAAUGAGUAAGGGAUUAAAUAAACUUGUAGAUGCUGCUGCUCAAGUAGAUGAGUUACGUAAAGUAUUGGUCCAAAAUCAACAAAAUAUUGCUGUGAAAAAUACUCAAGUUGAGACUAUAUUACGGUCAGUUAAUGAGAAACGACAGGAAGCUGAAACGAUUAAAUCCAAAGUACAACUUUCAAAAGAUGAAGCUGAACAUUUAUUGAAAAUAAUUGUUAAAGAAAAAGCUAUUGCUGAGAAAAAGUUACAAGCGGCUGAACCAGCUUUACGCGACGCUGAACUAGCUCUUCGGACGAUUACAGCAUCUGAUAUUGCAACUGUCCGAAAAUUAGCUAAGCCACCUUAUUUGAUUACUUUGAUUAUGGACUGCGUUUGUAUAUUAUUCGGCAAAAAGAUGUAUUCUGUUAUUCUAGAUCCAGAUAAAAAAUUUUUGCAAGCCUCGUGGACAGAAGCAUUAAAGGUCAUGUCUGAUACAAGAUUUCUGUAUAACUUACAAAAUUUUCCAAAAGAUGAUAUAAAUGCAGAAAUCAUAGACUUACUAAUCCCGUAUUUCUCAUACCCUUCUUAUUCUUAUGAAGCAGCUAAAACAGCUUGUGGCAACGUUGCUGGGCUAAUACAAUGGACAAUAUCUAUGGUAUCUUUUUACAGUAUUAACAGAGAUGUUUUACCUUUGAAAGCGAAGUUAGCAUCUCUGCAGAACAAGCAUGACAGAGCCAAUAGAAAUUUACAAAUUGCAGAAAAAUUGCUGAAAGCUAAAGAUGAAGAUUUAAAAAAUGUAAAGAAAGAAUAUGAUGUAGUUAUGGAUGAACGGCAAGGUAUUAUUGAUCAAGCUCAGCUAUGUCAAGCGAAAAUGGAUGCGGCACGAUCAAUGAUAAAUGGCUUGUCUGGUGAACGUUCACGGUGGGUUCAUAAGUUAACGGUUUUCAAAUCAGAAACAGAAAAUUUGGUCGGAGACGCUAUCAUUUUAACGGGAUUUCUCUCAUACUGUGGAUCCUUCAAUCAAGAAUUCCGUAGCAUUUUACAAAAAAAAUGGUUCAAUUGCAUCCAAUUAAGAUUUAUUCCGAUGUCACCACACAUUAAUAUCAUUGAAUCAUUAACGAAUUCUGCAACAAUUGGGGAGUGGCAUUUGCAAGGGUUACCAAAUGAUGACCUUUCAGUUCAAAAUGGAAUAAUUGUUACAAAAGCCUUAAGAUAUCCAUUGCUGAUUGACCCACAGUUACAAGGAAAGAUGUGGAUUCUUAACAAAGAGAAAGAUUUCAAUUUGCAGCUUACGGCGUUAGAUCAAAAAUAUUUUUUGAAUCAUUUGGAAGAUUGUGUAUCAACGGGCCGACCAUUACUUAUACAAGAUGUCGAGGAAGAAUUGGAUCCAGUAUUAGACAAUUUAUUGGAGAAAAAUCUAAUUAGAGUCGGCUCUUCAUUAAAAGUAAAACUAGGAGAUAAAGAAGUAGAUUUUCAUGAUGACUUUAAUCUAUACAUUACAACCAAUCUUCCAAAUCCAUCGUAUUCCCCAGAAAUUUUUGCUCGCGCGUGUGUUAUUGAUUUUACUGUAACCAUAAAAGGAUUAGAAGACCAACUUCUUGGAAGGGUGAUUAUGACUGAAAAAAAAGAAUUAGAGACUGAAAGAACAAAAUUAUUGACCGAUGUUAUGCUGAAUAAAAAGAAAGUAAUUGAUUUGGAAUAUAAUCUUUUACAAAAAUUGACGACCGUUCAGGGGCCGUUAAUAGAAGAUUUAGAACUGAUGUAUGUUCUCAAUAAAACAAAGCAAACAGCUGCUGAAGUAAAUGAAAAAUUGUUAAGUUCAAAAGAAACAGAAGAAAAAAUUGAUAAAGCUAGAGAAGAAUUCAGACCUGUUGCCACAAGAGGAAGCGUACUAUAUUUUUUGAUUUGCGAUAUGGCAUUAGUAAAUUGCAUGUAUCAAACUUCUUUAGUACAAUUUUUAGAACGUUUCGAUUCUUCAGUUGAUAAAUCAGAAAGCAGUCCAGUCAAUCAAAAAAGAAUACAAAAUAUAAUUGAAUAUAUGACUUUUGAGAUUUUUAAGUACAAAGCUCGUUGUUUAUAUGAAAUACAUAAAGCCAUGUUUCGCCUAUUAAUGGUACUUAAAAUAGAUUUGCAACGUAAAUUAAUUGGCCAAGAAGAGUUUUUCUUCUUUCUUAAAGGAGGAGCCGCUCUAGAUUUAAAAGAUGCUCCAAAAAAACCCGUAAGUUGCAAUUGGAUCACUGAAGUGGUAUGGUUAAAUUUAGUAGCAUUAUCCUCUCUUAAAUCAUUCCACGAUAUUUUGCCACAAGUUGAAAUUUCUGAAAAGAAUUGGAGGGUCUGGUUUGAAAGUGAUGCUCCAGAAGAAAAUCCUUUUCCUGACAAUUUCAAUGAUUUAGAUGCUUUCAGGCAGCUUUUACUUAUAAGAGCUUGGUGCUUAGACCGAAUGCUUUUUCAAUCUGAAAAAUACAUAAGCAGUUCAAUGGGUGACAAGUACGUUGAUCCAGUCGUAGCUCUUGUUUCUGACCUUUACCAAGAAUCACGACCAGAAACGCCUAUUAUUUGUCUACUGAGUAUGGGAUCAGAUCCAACUAAUAAUAUUAAGCAACUUUCGAAAAAAAUGGAAAUUCCAUGUAAAAGCAUCUCAAUGGGUCAAGGACAAGAGAUUCAUGCUCGAAAAUUAAUAAACUCUGCUGUCAGCGAAGGAUUUUGGGUUUUAUUCCAAAACUGUCACUUGGGUCUGGAGUAUAUGUUAGAACUAUUCAACUAUAUUUUAGAGUUGAUUGAUCCACAUGAAGAUUUUCGCAUAUGGAUUACUACUGAACCACAUGAAAAUUUUCCUAUUGCUCUUCUACAAAUAUCAUUGAAGUUUACUUGUGAACCUCCUCAAGGCAUUAAAGCUGGAUUAUUUGCUACAUAUAAUAGCAUGGAUCAGUCUAUGUUGGAUCAAUGCGAUGCUAAACAGUAUAUUCCAUUAAUAUAUACUGUAUCAUUUCUACACACCAUCUUUCAAGAACGCAGAAAAUUUUGUCCUUUAGGAUGGAACAUUCCUUAUGAGUUUAAUUCUUCAGAUUGGUUGGCAUCAUGCUUGUACAUAAGUAAUUACCUUAAUGAUAAUAGCUCUGAUAAAGAAAUAAGCUGGCCAACUUUAAGAUAUAUGAUAAGUGAAGUACUAUAUGGUGGGCGCGUGACUGAUGACUAUGAUAAAAGAUUGCUAAAUACUUUUACCAAAGUUUGGUUAUCGGAUAGUAUUUUAGAGAAUGACUUUGCAUUUUACACUGGAUAUAAGGUUGUUGUACUAAAACAAGUCACUGAUUACACUGCUAAAAUAAAAGAAAUGCGAUCUAUAGAUCCACCUCAAGCCUAUGGGUUACAUUCCAAUGCUGAUAUCUCAUACCAAACAAAUACAGCACAACAGAUAUUAGAUACAAUUUUAUCUAUUCAACCAAAAGAUUCAAUUGCAGAAAAAGGACUAUCCAGAGAAUCUGUUGUUGCAAAGCAAGCGCGUGACAUGUUGGAUAAAUUACCACCUUCGUAUGAUCCUUUUGAAACACGUGAAAGAUUACGAAUUUUGGGUCAUACAACUCCAAUGGUUAUAUUUCUCAAACAGGAAAUUGAUCGGAUUCAAAUAGUUAUUAGUCUCGUAAAAGCUACAUUAUCUAAUUUAAUUCUCGCUAUUGAAGGGGUGAUAAUCAUGAACGAGAAUUUAAGGAACGCACUUGACUCUAUUUUCGAUGCUAAGAUUCCAGAUUCAUGGAAAUCAAAAUCAUGGGAGUCAAGUACCCUUGGAUUUUGGUUUACUGAGUUAACAGACCGAAAUCAACAGUUUUCUCAGUGGCUUUUUUUUGGAAGACCUAACAAAUUUUGGAUGACAGGAUUUUUCAAUCCUCAAGGAUUUCUGACUGCCAUGAAACAAGAAGUUACUCGAAUGCAUAAGGGAUGGGCUCUCGAUGGUGUAGUACUUCACAAUGAUGUAACGAAAUAUUCUCCAGAUGAUAUCAAAAGUUCGCCACCUGAAGGUGUGUAUGUAUACGGCUUAUUCUUAGAAGGAGCAGGUUGGGAUCGGAAAAAUUGUAAGCUGACUGAAGCAAUUAAUAAGAUCCUCUAUACAUCCAUUCCAGUAAUUCACAUUUAUGCUUUGUACAACAAAACUGAAAAGAAUACAAAACUUUAUGUUUGUCCAGUGUACAAAAAGCCAGCUCGAACGGACCGAAAUUUUAUAACUUCUCUUUUCUUGCAAACGGACAAAGUGCCGGACUUUUGGACUCUUCGUGGCGUAGCGUUAUUGUGUGAUAUAAAAUAA